CGUGUUGCCUUGCCCAACACAAGUUAUAAAUUCGGGCACCGCCGGGAAUCGAACCCGAGACCCCAGGAUUACAAGGCCAGCGUUCUAACCGCUAGACCACCGUGGCUCUAGUUACGUACUACGCCAUGAAAACACAUGGCGAAAUGAAGGUGAAUAUGCUGGCACACAAGGUCUGGGUCUUCUCCGCCUUCACUCCACAUUCCGUCAUGACCUCAAAAUAUAUGCCUCGGAUGAGGGCCAUGUCCAAAUGACGGCAGCAGCAUUUUCAAAGGGUUUGUUGGCUUUGGAGGGAGAGCUGACUCCUAUCCUGGUGCAGAUGGUGAAAUCUGCUAACACAAAUGGACUGCUUUACAAUGAUUGUGACUCUAGCAAGUACCAAAACAUGGCAAAGUCACGCCUUCAUGAAUUGAUGCAACAGGAUCGGGAUUUCACAGCAGAGGAUCGUGAGAAGAUUAAUCCUGGAAAUGCACUCAGCAUCUCCACUGCACUAGACUUUGUUAAGAAUCCUGUCAAAUGCUGUGAGCAUGUGCAGGACUUGAUUCAACGACUUAUGGAUAUUGUGCGCAUCAAGAAGGAUGAUCCUAAGACCAAAGACAUGCUUAUUGCUUCCGUCAUCAGGGAGAUGACUCAUCACACAUACACCAUAACCAUUCCUCUCCAUCCAAAAUAAGGUUAGUAGAGUAGA